UUCACUCUGAAGUCGAAGCUUAAAUCUGGCAACACCACUUCAGACGAGAAGAACUCCUCCGUUAUGGAGAGUCACAGUACCACUAACCGUAACACAGUAGACGAAAACGACGUCGUUUCACUGUUACCACUUCAACUGAUCAAAUCUGAGAUCAUCCCUCCUUCACCGAACCGAUCAAAAUCUCACACCGAAUUCGAACCAGCAAUUGACUGGCAACCGAACUUCUGUGGAUACUCAUGGAUCGCUUAUGGUGCCACGUCACUCCUCGUUAUACGUCAAUUACCUAACCCGAAUUCACCAACUGAGACUGUAAUCGGUACGGUUUUUCAGCAGGUUAUUGAGCUGUCGAUUGAUGGCGCUGGUGUUGUUUCGGCUGUUGCUUGGUCACCGGUGAUGCCUUGUUGUGGAGAGCUUGCUGUUGCACUUGAUAACUGUAUUGGAUUGUUCUCUUAUAACUCGAACGCUUCGAAUAGUUCUUUUUGUUGGAGCCAGACAUCAACACUAGUACAAUCCACAAAGGUGGACUCAAUCACAUGGACGGGGUCAGGAGACGGGAUAAUUUCAGGUGGCAUUGAAUUGAUCUUAUGGAGAAAGAAGGAGAGGUCAUGGGAAAUAGCUUGGAGAUUUAAACCAGAACUGCCUCAGACUCUAAUUUCUGCUACUUGGUCAAUUGAAGGACCUUUUGCUGCUGCACCUCCGUAUAGAUUGCACGUUGAAGGUUCCGAUUCCCAUAUCUAUGCAGGAAACAAAUGUGUUUUCGUAUGUCAAAGAGAUGCAGAUUCUAGAAAUUUAGAAGCUAUUCUACCACACCCGUUACCUGUUUCUAUGAUUCAGUGGAGACCAUCUACAGUUACACGGUCAACUAGAGAUGGCAGACAUUCAAGGAGGUUGGUGUUAUUAACAUGCUGUCUAGAUGGAGCUGCAAGGCUCUGGACUGAGAUUGAUGAUGGGAGGGUUAGAAAAGUUGGCAAGGAUAGUAAUGAACACAAAGUGAAUAAAUUCUCUUUUCGUGUUGUCGCUGUUAUUGAGGUAAACCAAGCAUUAAAUGGAAGGCUGGGCUUAGAUGUAUAUGUAAGAUGGGCAACAGAUAUUAAUGGUAUAAUAACAGUUAAUGGUGAAGCUGUGUCUUAUUCUUCAGCAGAUGAACAUCAACAUGGCAAUGCUGGUAGGUGUGAAUGGUUAAUUGCUGUAGGUCCUCAAACAACACUGACUUUUUGGGCUAUUCAUUGUCUCGAUGAUUUUUCUCCUGUGAGAGCCCCGAGGGUGACAUUGUGGAAAAGAAAAGAGUUGAGCAGUCAUAACGAGAUGCCAAGGGGAUUGCUCUUAAAUAAAGUCUUUAUCAUGAGAAAUCAGGUCUUUGGUCCACCAGCUGUAUGUUCUUUUAUUAAUCUAUUACCAAGUAACUACCUAGCCUGGAUGCAAUUUUAUUCUUCAAAACUCCCCAAUGGUGCAAAGGUAUCUUCAGAACUGAUUAGCACCGAUGAUCCGUAUCCAAAUAAAUGUCAGACUGAAUGUUUAUUAUCAUUAUGUGGAAGGGGACUUUCAAAUAUGGACAGUCACAGCAGUAAAAUUCUGCAAGUUGCAGUUCAUCCUUGUUUAUCUGAGUUGGAAAUUGCUGCCUCUCUGGACACUGAUGGAAAGCUCCUUUUUUGGUUCUUUUCUUCUGCUUCAAAUACUAUGUUGGGCCUCCCAACUUUGAGUCCAUCUUGGAAACUUCUUGGGAAAGGUGCUACUUCAGUCCCUCAACCCAAAUACACAAGCUUAAGAUGGGUUCCUACUCUGUUAAGUGAAGAACGGAUUCUUGUCAUUGGUCAUGCAGAUGGAAUAGAUUUCUUAUUAGUUAAGGCUGUGAAAACCAAAGAAUUGGACAUAGUUUGUCACAAAAUAUGUACUAUACCACUUACCGCUGGAAGUCAAGAACAGGGGCCAGACAGCGUCUUCUCAAUUCCUUUGCCUUCCACUUGUAACAAAACCUUCAUUUCCAAUAGCUUUUUGUUGUUAGCUGUGUGGAAGAAAGCCUUUCAGGCUUUGUCGUGGAAAAUUUACCUUCAUCACUAUGAUUUGUCUGGAAGUCGCUGUGGGUGCAGUUUUGACAGUACAAACACCUUCCAGAAUAAUACAUUGAAAUUUGAGAGUAGUUAUUCUGGUAAGGCAUACCUUGUCUCGGUUGAGCCUUGUUCAUCAGUUUUUCCAGACCCUCGUCACCAUGAUAAAAUUUCAAGUUCUGCUGUUAUCUGUCCCACAAACUCUGGUUGCAGUGAAGAGCUUUUUGCUAAUAAUUUAUAUAGCAACUACUUUGCUUAUCAUAUGGUCACUGGUUGUUUUGAUGGUAGUUUGCAAUUAUGGAGAAGUGUGCCUGCUGCGAGCUCGAAUUCUCUAUGGGAUCUUGUUGGUACGGUUGCUCUGUGUCAAGGCCCUAUUUUGGCUAUAUCUGCAAGUGUCUCUGGCCGAAAGAUUGCAACUGUCUCGAAAGAAGGUCCAUUAAGUACUUCUACCACUAUUCAUAUAUGGGAAUGUGUGCGUGUUGAGGGUGCUGGCAGCUUUAUACUAGAAGACACUUUGUAUUUUGACGCAGACGUUGUCUCUUCUAAUUGGUUGACGAUUGGGAAUGGUCAGUUUUUACUAGGUGUUUGCUCUAGAAAUAAGUUGCAUGUAUAUGCUCAGAAGAGGUGUGGAGGUCAGUGCAUUUUAGAACCGGAAAGAUCAUUAGAAGGCGACAUUUGGGUAUGUCUUGCAGCAAGUCAUACUAAUCCAACCAUUCAGGACUUCUUUUGGGGACCCAAAGCCAUGAUAGUGGUUGUUCACGAUGAAUACAUUUCUGUAUUUAGCAAGUUCUCAUAUUUUAUGGACAAGAAACUUCUGCCCCAGCUUGGUGGAGAAGCUUGCGAGGAGAGUUCCGUUUGUCACUAUGGUUCUGAUAAAGUGCCAGUAUUUCUUGGUGAUGAAAAUUGUGACAAUGCACAGCGUCAGUCUGAUCUCCCGUUGAAACUGGAAGUGGUCAAUGAGACUUCAUUGUUUAGUAGUGUGAGAAAAUCUAAAGAAGGCUUUACUUCUGUUAAAAAUGGGAUUUGGAGCAUUUUAGAGAUUGCAGAAGUUGUAGGAGGAUCUAUUCCUCUUGUUCACCCAGAGGCAUUUCUUGUUAACUUACUUUCAGGUAAUUGGAAACGUUCAUAUGUAGCUCUGCAGUCUCUCAGUAAACAUGUAACUUCCACAAAGUUAUCGGCGAAAAUAUGCUGCCUUCGUGUCUUCAGUGGUUUAAUAUUUCCCAUUUCAUUGUCAAACUAUCUGGAAGGAAGUGUCUUGUUAAGUUCUGGUGAGAAGUCAUUUCAAUGGGGUGGACCUUCAGAUACCUCAAGCUGGGGAUAUGCUGCAUCUGAUAAUGCGUUCUCUAUCUCUUCAGCAAGAUCUGAAAUAACUGACUUUACAGAAGCCUUUGAUAAACUUCAGAAUUUUGCAACUAUAUCUGCCACUGAAAUGAUGCAAAUUCGUGCUGCUAUUCAACUUCUAGAUGAAGUUAGCAAUAUGCAGUCCACUUCUUCUUAUAAUAGCCUUGAUGGACCUGGUCGUAGGUUUUGGGUUUCAGUGAGGUUUCAGCAGCUAUAUUUUGUUCAAAGAUUUGGCAGACUGCCAUCAGAAAGUGAGCUGGUUGUGUACUCUGGGCUGAUUGGAUGGGCCUUCCACUCUGACUGCCAAGACAAUUUGUUUGAUUCUCUUUUAUCUAAGCAACCAUCUUGGCAAGAAAUGCGUGAUAUGGGUAUUGGACUAUGGUAUACAAGUGUGGCACAACUGCGACUGAAGAUGGAAAAGUUGGCAAGACAACAAUAUUUAAAGAAAAAAGAUCCCAGGGCAUGUGCACUUCUUUAUAUUGCUUUAAAUAGACUUCAAGUAUUGGCGGGCCUUUUUAAGAUUAGCAAAGAUGAGAAAGAUAAGCCGUUGGUGGCAUUUCUUUCACGCAAUUUUCAGGAAGAUAAAAAUAAGGCUGCUGCCCUAAAGAAUGCCUACGUAUUACUGGGGAAACAUCAGUUGGAGCUCGCGAUUGCUUUCUUUUUGCUUGGAGGAGAUACAACAUCUGCUGUGACUGUUUGUGUGAAGAAUCUUGGGGAUGAGCAGCUUGCUCUUGUUAUUUGCCGUCUUGUUGAAGGUUAUGGUGGAACAUUAGAACAUUAUCUUAUUUCAAAAUUCCUCCUCCCGUCUGCUCUUGCCAAAGGUGACUACUGGCUUGCAAGUGUUCUGGAGUGGAUGUUGGGAAAGUAUCCACAGGCUUAUCUUAGAAUGCUUGCUUUCCCAACAGGGUCCUUGAACAGUAAGUGCAUAUUUUCAUCCCGUCAACCUGCCUUCUUAGAUCCAAACAUUGGAGACUUUUGCCUAAUGUUAGCAGCCAAGACUACCAUGAAGAAUGCUAUUGGGGAGCAAAAUGCUGCUUCCUUGAGUAGAUGGGCGAUCUUGAUGAGGGCCACUGCCUUACGCAGAUGUGGCCUGCCUCUUGAAGCUUUGGAAUGCCUUUCAUCUUCUGUGAGCGUCACUGGUGAUUCAAAUCGACGAAGUGUGCCUGAUAAUGUGGACUCUGGAUGCCUGCAUGAAAUGCUGAGUGCAAUGCUAAUUGAAACUUCCUCAAAUUGGCUAUCAUUGGAUGUGGCUUUUCAGAUAGAUUCACAUAUUAGAUCAGAUUUGUCUAUGCAAUACAUGUCUAAGAUGUUAAGGAGACAUCCAAGCUGGGUAGACAAUGAUAUAACAUGUCUUCAGGAACACAUGUAUACUGUAUCUGAGAAUCAAGAAUACAAGCUUUUACUUGAAGCUUUUCAAGAUGAAUUAAUGACUACAGUUGCAUCCUUUCAAUUGAAAUUCUCCAUAAUCCCUCAACAUCUUAUGUACUCGAUCUUUUUGUCGUUUUGCAACCGCGGUUUGGCGUAUAUAGGAUGCCACUUGUUGCGAGACUACAUAAAUAGAUAUCUGUCAAGUGAGCAAGGCGGUGGACUUGAUGGUUGCUCGUUGUAUCCUUGCCUUCCAGAGCUAUUUCUCGAAGUAUCUGGAGAACUAUUUUAUAUUUUUGCAAGAUACAUCACUAUGUGUAGCAUGGACUGUUUCUACUUGAAGUCAUUCACCUUUAGGAGUAACAGAGCUGAUGAAAGCUUCUAUUGUGCCAUUCCAGAGCUGUACAACAGGAGAUUAUGUUGGUCAUUCUGGUGUCUUAGAGCCAUGAUGCAGUUCUCUUCUGUUUCUUGUACAGAAAAUGUAGUAGGGACACAUUUUACUGCCCUUGAUUUAUCAGAGUAUUUUUUACUGUUUGCAUCUGCUUGGGUCCAAAGAAAUUUUAGUGUUCUUAUCCCGAUUGUGAAACCUCUCUUAAUGGCAAAAGCUUCAGACGAGAGAGACAUAAAGGACAUACAGAAACUGCUUCGUGAGUCUCUCGAAAUGAUGGCUUCUGAUUUACCUAUUCAUGCUGCUGGAUCUUCUGUUCCGAACAAGAAUCAAAUGCCACAAGUGCAAUUUGGGGAUGUCAUAUUGUCAGUUCCGGAAGAGAGAUGGCAUGUCAUGGUUGCUUCCUUUUGGGGAUAUGUAUCUAGCCUUUUAAAACACAAGUUAAAUCUGCUAUGUCCGGAACUUGAAGAAAGCGGUUUGUUUCUACCUCCAGGCGGACAUCCCAGUAUAUCUACAUCAAUUUUUGUAAAUGGCAACAAUGUCUCAACCCAUAAUGGGAUGGUUCCAGGACUUCUCGCUAAGAUAGUAAAGGUCACAUGCGGUCACAUCUCUUCUUAUUGUGUGAAUCAGUUUGCAUCUGUCCUGCUGGAGAGCAUAGAUCCAGGUGCAAGUACACUUUUCUGUUCUGAAGAUUAUCAGUCCCAAGUUAAAGCGGCAGAUACUAAACUUAGUCAUAACAAUAAUGAUCUGGAUAAGGUGACUGGUGAAGAUGAAUUAUCAGCGUUUGAGGCGUUAUGGGAUUUUUGUUCUGAGCUUAAGAAAGCUAAUCAGGAUUUUGUGCUUCAAGACCAGAAAAUUUUACAGCAUACCUUGCAUAAGUCCUUUAAAGGAUGGAGUGAAAUGUACCCCAGCAUCGUGAGUGAGUGUGAAGUUGACGAAACUUAUGACAGAGAUGAAAGGCUUGGUAGUCCAAGUAGCGCAGCUGGAUCUCCUCUUGCUUGUUUGUCACCAAAUAAUCAUCCUUUUCAAAGUUUUGGGGGGAAGGAUACACACCAUACAAAAAAGGUUUUGCCUUUCCGUAGUCCGAUAGAGAUAUAUAAGAGAAAUGGCGAACUUUUGGAGGCUUUGUGCAUCAACUCCAUUGAUCAACAUGAAGCUGCUCUUGCUAGCAAUCGGAAGGGUUUAUUAUUCUUCAACUGGGAAGAUGGACUUGCUUGUGGAAAUAAAGCUGGCAAUGUCUGGGCAGAGGCUGACUGGCCACAUAAUGGUUGGGCGGGAUCCGAAUCUACACCAAUUCCCACUUGCGUCUCUCCUGGAGUGGGUCUGGGAAGUAAGAAGGGUACACACCUCGGGUUAGGUGGAGCAACUGUUGGCGCAGGUUUUUUGGCAAGACCUACAUUCGGGCUGCCAGGUUACGCCAAUACGGGUGGAUCCAGUCUUGGCUGGGGGUUUCAAGAGGAUUUUGAUGAGUUUCUUGACCCUCCUGCCACUGUAGAAAAUGUUCGGACAAGGGCAUUCUCAACUCACCCUUCAAGGCCUUUUUUCUUGGUUGGAUCAAACAAUACACACAUAUAUUUAUGGGAGUUUGGCAAAGAUAGAGCUACUGCUACAUAUGGAGUGCUUCCCGCUGCAAAUGUCCCUCCGCCAUAUGCUCUUGCCUCGGUAUCUGCCGUGAAGUUUGAUCAUUGUGGUCACAGAUUUGUCUCUGCUGCAUCAGAUGGUACUGUGUGCACGUGGCAGCUUGAAGUAGGAGGGAGGAGUAAUGUUCGGCCAACAGAAUCCUCUCUUUGCUUUAAUAAUUAUACAUCGGAUGCCACAUAUGUUACUUCGAGUGGUUCAAUCAUAGCUGCCGCAGGGUAUAGCUCCAGUGGGGUUAAUGUUGUCAUAUGGGACACACUUGCUCCACCAGCAACGUCUCGGGCCUCCAUAAUGUGUCACGAAGGAGGUGCACACUCUCUUGCAGUGUUUGAUAAUGAUUUAGGAAGUGGUUCUAUUUCUCCACUCAUUGUAACGGGUGGGAAAGGUGGUGAUGUUGGACUUCAUGACUUCCGAUAUAUAGCUACUGGAAAGACAAAAAAACAGAAGCAUACAGAAAUUGGUGACCAUGGUGUGAAUUCCAUGGUUGACACACAGAAGAAAACCGGUGAUCAGAAUCGUAAUGGGAUGCUCUGGUAUAUACCAAAGGCUCACGCAGGGAGUGUUACCAAAAUAUCUACCAUACCACAUACCAGCUUCUUCUUGACGGGAAGUAAAGAUGGAGAUGUAAAACUUUGGGAUGCCAAAAAUGCUAAACUAGUAUUUCAUUGGCCAAAAUUGCAUGAAAGACACACCUUCUUGCAGCCAAGCUCCCGUGGCUUUGGUGGUGUGGUUCAGGCAGCUGUUACAGAUAUUCAAAUUGUUUCUCAUGGUUUUGUUACAUGUGGUGGAGAUGGUGCUGUAAAGCUUGUGAUGCUCAAUGAUCAUUUAAGGCGUUGAACAAGUCAUGGAUUAGUAGCACAGCAAAGAACUAGUUGUUGUGUAAGUAUAGUCUGCAGUGGUUUCUCAUUGGCAAUUUGCAUUGAGAUCCACUUCUAUAGGCUCUAAUAGAGUUGAUACCUUGACUUGAAAAUGGAAGGAUAGCCUAGUGAUAAAGACCCUCUCUACAUCUAAUCAGAAGGUGGUGCUUUGGGUCUCAAGGGAACAAAGCGGAAAAGGGCCAUAGUUGGGCUUCUGGAUAGCGGUUUCUUUUUUAAUAGAGAAGCUAAGCGAAAGGGAGCAGGAAUGACGAUCAGAUCAUACAGAGGAAAAGCAAUUGCAAAACACUUGACCUGUAGCCAAGAAUUCUUGUCGGUGCAGUGCCAGCUUAUUGUGGUCUAAAAUCUGACCAUCCCUGCUGCUGAAGCUCUUUCCGUGCGAGUAUCUGUAUGCUAUUGCUUCCAAGAAUUAAUUGAAUGCUUUGAACGAUUAUUGUACUGACUUGGGAAAACACUACUUCCCAGGUGCCUAUAGCACGAACACACAGGAGAAGGUGAGUUCAAUUAGAUAACAUUAGCGAAAGAGUAUGGCUCAGUCUUUCAGGUUCGUUAAUAUUUUGGGCUGAUUUCUGUACCUGCUAAACUGAUGUGUAGAUAGAGAGAUAAUUCAGUCGGUUUUGUAUAUCAAUCAGGGUUAGUGUGAAUUGCCAAAAUAACAGCAGGGCAGUUCAUCCCACAGUUAUUCUUUUUUUUUUCCUUUCUGGCUGUAAACAUUGUCAAAUCGCUAAAAUGUGAGGACUAGCGUUUACGUGUUCCUUAUACGACAGAUUUGGUAUUUCCCUUUCAAUUUGAGCUUUCUGUUGAUGUAGGCUAGUAGAUUUUGGUUUUGGUGCCCGUGUAUGAAACUGUAAACUAGAAAUUUCAUCUAAAAGAGUGAAACUUGCUCUUUCGACUUUAGCAA